UGUUUUGAAACUUGAUAUAUAUUUCCAUAUCUGGUGAGAGCUAUCAGCGCGUCUCUGACACGAAUCACCCAAAUGUUGUAUCACAGCGAGAUCCAUAAGAUUAUCUUUGAAACAGAUCACCCAGACAAGGUCACGGUCUGAACUAUCAGAGUGUCAAAGAAACAGUUCAUCCGGACUCAAGAUAUUUUGUGUCGCCACGAAGAGCACUAAAUAGCUUUGCUCAAGACACAAACAGGUCAUCUUGGCUUUGGGUACUCUGUGUCCAAGGAAAGACAAGCCAAGUUACAGACCAUGGAAACUUCGACAUAUCUCGUGUUGCCACAGACACCGUUCUAGUGACACGUCAUCGUUACCUCGAGAUAUAUGAUGUUUAAAAAAGACGAAUUUCAGCAACAGACCAAGGAUAUUUCGAGAUAACUCGUGUGUCACCGUAGAUGAUUUGAUGUGCUAAAGAUGCUAUUUUUGACUUUGGUACAUCGUAUAAAAUACAGACUUCCGGAGAAUUACGUCAUCUACAUCCGGGUACUUAUGAUGUGAUAUAACAUAGUCUACGGGAUAAAAUGUAAGUGAUAGUACAUGUAUGUAUGCGUUUCUGUUCUCUGCAACCAAAAGCCUAGGGAUCAUAUAAAGAGGUUUCUGAAAAGGAGAGGUAGGAGGUCAACACAGCGUGUUUCACGGACAAUGAUGUCCGUUGUUUUACGCCUGUCCGUGAUGUGGUGCCUGCUGGACAUCUGUCAGUCUGGCCCAGUAUUCAGACCAGUGCCAGACCAGGGCUUUAUUCUAAAAGCACUUGCAGAAGUUCGGCAGAGACGAGCGGCGAUGAUAAGUGAUGAUGGUAAUGGAGAAUAUAUAAAAUGGAAACAGCUUGAUGGAAGUUUUGGUGUGGAGUUUGCCUGGGGAAGUACUAGAUCACAUAUCAAACGUGCUCUGCGGUCAACUCAGGGGGAACCGUGGCCCAAACCACAGGUUUACAAAACUCGGGAAACCAUAUUCACACUUAACCCCACCCACUUUAAAAUCAACGUUGACCAAAAUAUCAAAAGUGACGUCAUAAGCGAAGCUAUAAAUAGAUACAACCGGACUGUAUUUGAGAAUGCUAUACAAAUUACAGAGGAAAACUUUAGAAACGCUCCAAAAUCAGAAGUAAACAAGGAAAUGCAAUAUGAAAGGGACGAACUGGGAUUUAUUAAUGCUGAUCGCAUCCGGGCUCUUACCAUACAGGUUAAUUUCACAUGUGACGUCACUAAAUCAAACCGGACCAAUGUCUCAUGUGAUAUAUACCCAUCGUUGACCUCAGACGAGUCAUACACACUGAUCGUGAACUCCACGGGCAUUUUCUUGAGUGCACAGGAGGUUUGGGGUGUGGUUCACGGCCUAGAGACAUUCAGUCAGCUUGUGUUACAGUACAGAGAUCAGUUCUACAUAAAAGAGACAAUUAUUGAAGAUUUCCCCCGGUUUCCUCACAGAGGGGUUCUGAUAGAUUCGUCGCGCCAUUACAUCCAAAAGGAGGUCAUAUUAGACGUAUUGGAAGGAAUGGCGAUGAACAAGAUGAACGUUUUACACUGGCACCUCACGGAUGAGCAGUCAUUCUCUUACAAAAGUGACGCGUUUCCCGACUUCAGUCAAAAAGGUGCGUACCAUCCAAAUAUGGUCUACACACGUGACGACAUCAAUGACGUCAUUGCGCAUGCUCGUCUAAGGGGCAUCCGCGUCAUACCAGAGUUUGAUGUGCCAGGUCACACCUACUCCUGGGGUCUCUCCUAUCCGAAAAUGUUAACCCAGUGUUACUUCAAUAACAUACCAGUGCCUGGAUUUCUUGGACCGCUGGAUCCCACAAACGAACACGUGUUCAAAAUCUUGAGCAAACUGUUCGAGGAAGUCACCAGUGUAUUUAAGGACCGAUUUGUUCACCUAGGAGGAGACGAGGUUAAUACCGAAUGUUGGGCGUCAAAUCCAAAAGUUGUGGAGCUGUUUCAGGCACUUUUCAUCAAAGAUAAUCUUAGAACCCAAUUAAGUCAAUCUGGACCAAACCUGUUUACCAAUAUCACCACAAACAUGACCGACAACGAGAUAUCAAACAUGCUGCAAGACAAAAUCAUCUCAAAUGACAAUCAACAUGAAGUUGACUAUAGAAUUCUCAAGGAAGUGCGGAGUAUUAUAAGAAAAAUGCAGAAGAGUCCAAGCAUGAUGAAAGAAAAUCUUCCGACGUACAUUUGGGAAUAUUUUAACAACAGAUUGAAGGAGAAAUUGGAUGCUAUUGCACGUGAUCGCAAUUUAGGAUUAGACGUAAUUAUGUGGCAGGAUGGGAUGAAACAGGGUGUCAACAUUCCUAAAGACACCAUCAUACAAGUGUGGACGUCAAAGAGCCAUGAAAUCGGCCCGAUACUCCGAAAAGGGCACCGCAUCAUCUUUUCCACGUGCUGGUAUUUAGACAGUUUUCGGAGAGGUGUUCAUUGGCAAAACUUCUACAACUGUGAGCCAAACGAGGUUGAUGCAGAAGAAGGCACCCAAAUCCUGGGAGGCGAGGCUUGUCUUUGGAGCGAAUACAUUAGUAGCGAGAUGGUGUCAAGCAUGCUAUGGCCACGUGGCUCAGCGGUAGCAGAGAAGUUAUGGAGCAGCAGGAAGCCUAGAGCUCUACUUGAUGUUUCCAGGAGGCUGUCAGAGCAUCGGUGUCGUAUGCUGAGACGCGGCCUAGAUGUAGGAUAUGCCAAUGGGCCCGAGUAUUGUGUCAGAAAGAAAACUUCCAGAACUGUCCAGUCGACACAGCAUACAGAUAAAUUAACACUGAAUUUGGCGAAAGACGAAAUCGAAUAUUUGAUAGAGAAAUUGAGACAACCUAGGAUUUCAUCUAACGUGUCAUACGUUUCUGCCGUUGCAGAUUAUACGUCGAUCCAUUUGACAAGUCUUUUCCUGUCUAUAAUAGGAGUCCUAGCACUCACGUUAAUGAUGGUCUGUAGGAAACAACGACGCUAACGGAAAUUGCAUUAAAUCUGCCAGGAUGCAUGAUAUAUACCUUUGAUUUGAACAUUUGAAAUGCACUGGUGCUAAAAAUAAAUAUGUUGAACCAGCAUGAUUUUACGUUAUGCCUUACCAGUGCGUUCACCGAAUGCACUGUAGUAUGUGUGUAAUAUAUACCGACAAUAGACUUGUAAAGAAAAUAGCAUUAAGAUUUUUUAAACGACAUGCAUCUUUAUGAAAAAAGCAAUGCACGUUUUACUCAGCAAUAUAGCUAAAUAUAUCAUUCUCUGGCUCAACCAUGAAAUAUUGAUCAAAGAUAUUUCACGACGUCCAUAUUUGAAUUUUUAAAAUACACAAACAUAUUUCAAUCACAGUUUAAUGACAGAAACUCAUGAGUAAAUAUAAAACAAAUACCCUCAAUUAGUUUUAGUAAAAUGUAUGACACAUCGGCAAUGGUCUUUCAUGAAUGUUUUAUUUGCGAAAGACUUGUAUUCAACAUGGUAUUUGAACUGAAUGAGAACAUAGUCACUUUGCCAACUCGGCUUUGCAAUAGAAAAUAUUCAUUUUGGUGAAAAAAUAUUUUAAAAAUAACA